AUGUGGCUGCUGAGCGUUUCGUUUGUACGAGUGGCAGCUCUGGCUAUCUUUGCCGUUUGCCUGCACUUGAUCCUCAAGACCUCACUCCGACCAUACUUCUCAGACCUACGACAUCUUCCAGGACCGAAGAACCAUCAAUUCUUAGUCGGCCAUGCCUUGCGCAUUCUGCGUGGAUCAGGACCAAAUGAGCUCUAUCUCCAGUGGAUGCGGCGUUGGCCGAACGCCCCGUUCAUACGAUGUCUAUCCUGGCUGAACUCGGAGGUUCUCCUCGUUAACAGCAUAGAGGCAUGUCGUGAGGUGCUUCAAACUAAUACCUACCGUUUCGCGAAACCGGCAUUCUUUCAUACGCUUGUUGGAGAGUUCCUGGGCGUUGGUCUGCUGUUUAGCGUCGGGGACCAGCACAAGCGGUUGAGGCGCAUUACUGCAGGACCGCUGUCUCGUCCAAGCAUUCGAAAGCUGCUCCCAACGUUUGUUGCAUACUCUCGCAAAUUGAACAGUGAAAUCAAUGCCGCGAUCCAACAAAGCAGCGACGGCGUCUUGGAAAUCGAAGAUCUUUUUACAAGGGUGACACUUGAUAUCAUAGGUGUUUCGUUGGUUGGUAAAGAACUUCGAGACUUUCGCUCAAGGACCUCGCCUUUGUCAUUUGAGCAGUGCUACAACGGUAUCUUAGCUCAGCCACUUGCCGGCCAGAUCAUAAGUUUCAUCAAUCCCUUCAUCCCACUCCGUUGGCUGCCUGUAUCCGCAAAUCUGAACUUUGUCAAGGCCAAAUCUGCUCUCAAGGGUAUGAUGACAGAACUAAUCGAGCAGCGGACAUCCGAGGUAGAAAAAGCAAAGGAGUUGGGUACAGACAGUGGAUUAUCGGACGAUUUGUUGACUAGGAUGAUUGAAGCGAGUUCUGUUGAGAACCAGAAGUUGUCUAAAGAUGAGUUGAUCGAUAUCACUAUGCAGGUCAUCGCGGCGGGGCACGAGACUACAGCCAGUGCCCUUCUUUGGACCACUUACGCCCUUUCCCAAGACCAGAAGUCACAGCAAAGAUUGAGGACUGAGAUAAUUAAGCUCAGUGCCAACGACAUGACCGCCAAGUCGAUAGACGAACUUCCAUAUCUCGACAACGUCAUUAGAGAAGCUCUACGCCUGUACUCGCCAACCCUAAUCAUCCCAUGGGAGGCACUAGAGGAUAUCGAAAUAGCAGGCGUCAGGAUCCCAAAAGGGACCACGGUUCAGCUCGUUCCAGCCAUAACGCAGCUGAACCCCGAAAUCUGGGGUCCCGAUGUGGAAACUUUCAAUCCUGAUCGAUGGGAUCACCUUUCUGGCGAUUCCUUGAGCCCAUAUGCUAUGGAGACCUUCUCAAACGGGCCUCGCAUGUGUCCAGGAAAAGCGUUGGCCUUGCUCAAUAUGAAGGUCUUGUUGGUUGGGUUGAUCAAAGACUUUAAGAUCGAGAGUACUGAGGAUAAUGAAGUGGAAUUCAGAAACCCGAGUUUGACUUUGAAGUCCAAGAGGCCACUUCAGUUCAAGGUACAACGUAUUGGUGAAGCACCUUGA